GAAAAAAUGCAGCCCUUUAAAGUCGCACUGUUCUGGCGACGCAAUUCUCUCAACAAGAGGAAAGACAUAGUUCAAAACGAGCAUCCCGCCCAGUUGAUCUGAUCGUUUCAACCAAAUAAACACACUCGGGCGCGCGCGCACAUACAUACAUGCAUACAUACACACGCACACACAGGACGGAAAAAUCGACUGAGCAGCGCAGACACACAACUAAUACAGCAUCAAUCGGUCCGCACACUGCAGCACACGCCAACCCGGACUUAUCCAUCUCCACACUAACUGGGAAAAAAUAGAUACAUAUAUAUUUAAAAGAAUAAAUGUGCCAUAUUCUUCGUCAUCAUUAGUUUUAUUGCGGAAACGGUGGACGCUACUUUGAAUCUGGACCUAAAUACAUGCUGAACACUGAAAGCGCGAAGGCUGGGACGUUCUGUAAUCGUUUAUAAGGGAGAGGGGCGGAAAAUAACUGCGUUUCCCUGCAAAACGAAGAACCUCCAGACCGUUCCACUGCACCAGAUCUGUAGCUACAGGUACAUCGGUGAGGUAAGCGAGAGAACACUGACCGAAACACCUGAAGCUGGAUUUGAGCUGCUUUGUGUUUGGGGAGAGCGUCACCUUUCACCUGCCAGUCUGAGACGCAGAGCUCAUUUUCUCCAGAGGAACAUUCGGUGAGACGUGGGCGAGACACAGGUGAGACGCAGUCAUGGACGAGAUGGACCUGCCGCAGAUGAAGAAGGAGGUGGAGAGCCUGAAGUACCAGCUGGCAUUCAAGAGGGAGAAAUCCUCCAAAUCCGUCACAGACUUAGUGAAGUGGAUUGAGGAUGGCGUGCCAGAGGAUCCUUUCCUGAACCCCGAACUGAUGAAGAACAACCCCUGGGUGGAGAAGGGCAAGUGCGCCAUCCUUUAAUGGCCCCACUCCAACGCCACGCCGCACCCACACUGCCAGACGGUGCCCCUCUCUCACGGUGAAUGUACAGCAGACUGUGUCGCCAGGGAAACUGGAAACACCACUUGCAUCACCGUUCAUAUUUAUUCAUAUAUAUAUUCAUAUAUGCAAACACAUGCUCUGUAUUCAGCUCAUAGUUUAAUCCAGAAAACAGUCUACUUGGUAUUUCUUUCUGCUGCUGUCUGCACAUUUUUAUCUAUGAAUCCAAGAUACAGAUGUGCAUGGCGUAGGCACACACACACACACACACACACACGCACAUUAUUCUCUCUCACACACACACACACACACACAAACAUGUACACACUAUGCUCGCACACACACAUGCACACGCACACACACACACACACACACACAUGCACACAGACACACACACAUCCAUACGCACACAGACACACACACCUGCACACGCACACAGACACACACACAUGCACACGCACACAGACACACACGCACAGCGGAAACCGGUCGUCACCUCUUAAAGAUUUUUAUCUCAGAUACAUCAGUCCAAUGUAAAAACAUUGUCCUUUACAGCAGAUAGGAGGGUUUGGGAAAGUUGAAAUUCUUCUGUUUCUUAGUUAUAUUCUAUGAAGGCACAAUUCAAUAUGCAGUUUCCACCAGUGAAUUACAUUUAGGAAGUACUAAACAGGAGAAGAUAACAACGUGGUCAGUUCAUGUCUGCAGGUGUAUUUUUGUAUUAUUAAAAGUGUGCUAAUGUAUAGUGACUUCUGCUUCACUCUGUACAUAUCUGCCUUAUGUUACCAGCAGUUAAAGAUAACAAUGCACAGCAUAUUCACACUCACACAGCCCAUUGCUUAUGUACAGAUAACAACCUGCUUUACUUAUCAACUGCAUUUACGGUGUAUUUAUUUAUUUAUUUAUUUACUUAUCUUUUAAAUUAGUCGAUUCAUUAAUCACACAAUCUGUGGGCGCUGUCUGCUAUAGAAACUUGCGAUAAAAUUGGAAUUUUUAUUUCAUGUCUGUUCCUCUGAAGAAAAAAAAGAAAAAAAUAUGAAGACACCAGAAAGGGCCAGAUCACCCUCAGAUACUGCCUUGUACUCUGCUUCCUCAAAGAAUGUAUUUCUUGUCGUUGGAGGUCACUUGGCCACUGACUCCCUCAUGAAAAUACACAUUAAAGUUAAAAUCUGUCAUUUAAGGAA